CCCUCUCCACAUUGCCAAAUAUCUUUUCAUUAAGUUUCAAAAUCCACUUAUUUUAACUUGAACAAGUUGGUGUUAUGAUUAGGAGAAAAGAAAAAAGUAUUUGAAGGAUAUAUACUAGCUAAGAAGAUAGAUGUAUCAUUAAAGAAUAAAAACAAAGUGUUUCUCAUCUUUAAAAAAACUUGUAGAGAAGAAACAAAGCAGUAAGUUUGUAAGAAAUAACCAAUUUAUAAGAAGAUGACUACUGCUAGAUUCAUCAAAUGUGUUACUGUUGGUGAUGGAGCUGUUGGGAAAACUUGUAUGCUAAUUUCAUACACUAGUAAUACUUUUCCAACGGAUUAUGUUCCAACGGUGUUCGAUAACUUCAGUGCAAAUGUGGUGGUGGAUGGUAGCACCGUUAACCUUGGCCUCUGGGAUACUGCAGGACAAGAAGACUAUAACAGGCUAAGGCCAUUAAGUUACAGAGGAGCUGAUGUCUUUUUGCUUGCUUUUUCUCUAAUAAGCAAGGCAAGCUAUGAGAACAUUUACAAAAAGUGGAUUCCUGAGUUAAGGCACUAUGCUCCUACUAUACAAAUUGUUCUGGUGGGAACUAAACUUGACCUGAGGGAAGACAAACAAUAUUUAAGUGAUCAUCCAGGGGCUACUCCUAUAUCAACUGCCCAGGGAGAGGAGUUGAAAAAGAUGAUAGGAGCAGUUGCCUACAUUGAGUGCAGCUCCAAGACUCAGCAGAAUGUGAAAGCUGUAUUUGAUACUGCAAUUAAGGUAGCAUUGCGACCCCCUAAGAUGAAGAAAAGGCCCCAAAAAAGAAGGACGUUAUGUGCAAUACUUUGAAUAUUAAUAUGCCUCUUUUUCAUAUUUCAAAUAUUAUUCAAUUAUAUUCUUAUCAUUUUGUAAAAGUAUAAGAGAAAAGGCUCAGUUGUAAUUUUCCUUCUUUUUUUUUUUUUUUUAAUAAUCUAGGUGUUAGUUGAUGUAUUAAAGUUCCAUUUUUUAACAUUUGUUCCUUAUUAUAAAAUCUUGUAAUAGC